AUGAAGGCGCAUGAGAUGGAGAAGCUACAGAAGAGCGGAUAUUACCAAAGCAAUCAGCCGGAGCGCUUCAAAGAUGGCUAUCGACCCCUCCGCAUGUGCAAGCACUUCAAGACCGACCAGUGCUGGCGAGGACAAGAGUGUACCUAUGCCCACAGCUUGGAGGAGUUGCAUCCCGCCUCCCCCGAUUUGCCCCGCGUCGAAGUCAAAGAGACCAACGCCUUGGCGGAGCAGCAGACACACGGCGGAACAGCAGACGCGAAGGUGGAAGACAGUGCACCGGAUGUGCGAUUGAAGAAAAAGAAGGAGCUUUGCAACAAAUGGAAGAACGGCCAAGAUUGCGUGCUGGGCCGUGCGUGCCCCUAUGCCCACGGAGAGAAGGAGUUGGGUACCGUGGAGCUCGUGGUGUGCGGCCGAGUGAAGACGAGGAUUUGCAAGUUCUGGACGACUGGGAACUGCAUGUUCCUAGGGAACUGCGUGAACGCCCACGGCGAGAAGGAGCUCGGCACCAAGCGGCCAGACUUCAUGACGCCGCCCAUGAAGAAGCGAAGGGAAGGAGAGUCAAUCGACCAGUUCCGGGAGCAAGUCAUCGCUAAGAAGGGCGGCGGCAAGGGCUACAAGGGUUCUGGAAAUCAUUGA